UCCUCUCCUUGCUACCUGUUGACAGUAAGGAUCAUCAGGAUGAGAAAUCUCCAGCGAGUGGAUGCCUUAAGCCAGGCUGAUUGCUACGUGUCCCUGUGGCUGCCGACUUCGACAUGUGAAAGGUCACGCACUAAAACUGUGAGAAACUCUGACAAUCCAGUGUGGAACGAAACCUUCUACUUCAGAAUCCAGAGUCAGGUCAAGAACGUGCUGGAGCUCACAGUGUAUGAUGAGGAUUUUGCUACUCCAGAUGACCAUCUCCUCUGUGCACUCUUUGAUACUGCUAAACUUCCACUUGAUAAAACAGUGAUUCUGUACUUCAAGCCUGCCCCAAAUGCCAAGGAGGAACUAGAGGUUGAAUUCAAAUUGGAGGUUGCCCCUGGUCCUCAUGAAAUGAUUGCUAGCAAUGGAGUGCUGGUGUGUCGUGAACUUUGCUGCUUGGAAGUUGAAGUGGCAGAGAAGACAAAACAAAAAACAAAGAAAGAGCUUUCCCUCACUGUGAAGGGCUCCUUUGAGGGGACACAGGACAUCGUGCUGGGCCCCAAUGGAAUGGUCAGCCCGUCGUGUCCCACCGAGUUCCACUACAUCAAGUACGCGGAGCCAACGCUGGAUGUCAUGCUGCCAAAGAAGAGGCGCUACCACCCUUGGUCCUGUAGGUACAGUACAGAGACGGGCUCCCCAGUCGUGAUGCUGAACUCGCUGCCCAUGGGAAGGAAAACGACCAUUGCAGAGGAGAAAAGAUUUGACUUGAAUGUGACCGCCAAAACUUGUAAUUGUUCAUGCCACCAAGACCUGGACAUGCGCUUUGGGUUUAACUUAUGUUCUGAAGAGAUGGCUUUCCUGGAGAAAAGAAAGAAAUAUGUAGCAAGUGCUCUCAAAAACGUUUUUCAUCUACCACACGAUCUGCAGGAUCAAGAAGUCCCCGUGGUGGCCAUCAUCACCACAGGUGGAGGGCUGAAGUCGAUGACAGGAUUGUACGGCAGCCUCAUGGGACUCAAGAAGUUAAAUCUCCUGGACUGUGUGACAUACAUCAGCGGGCUGUCCGGCACCACAUGGACCAUGGCCAACUUAUACAGAGAUGCCUACUGGUCACAGAAGGACCUGGACUCACAUAUUGGUGAAGCCCAAAAACAAGCAACAAAAUGCAAGAUGGGCUGUUUCUCUAUGGAUCGCAUGAAGUACUACAACAAGCAGCUGUGCCAGAGGAAAGAAGAGGGAUACAGGACAUCAUUUAUAGAUCUUUGGGGUCUCAUGAUUGAGUACUUACUAAACGAUGGGAAAGACCCCCACAAGCUUUCAGAGCAGCAAGAAGCACUGUGUGAUGGCCAGAACCCACUGCCCAUCUACGUGUCAGUGUGUGUCCGGGACAGUUACAGCACCAAUGAUUUCAAAGAGUGGGUGGAGUUCACCCCCUACGAGGUGGGACUGCUGAAGUACGGCGUGUUCGUGCGCACGGAGCAUUUCGGAAGCGAGUUCUUCAUGGGCCGCCUGCUAAAAAAGCUCCCCGAAUCCCGCAUCUGCUACCUGCAAGGUAUGUGGAGCAGUAUAUUUUCUGUGAACCUUUUACAAAUAUGGGGACUGUCCCACAGUUCAGAGGACUUCUGGAAGAGAUGGACACAAGACAGAAUAGAUGAAGUUGACGAAGACCCGGUGCUGCCCACGAGGCCCCACGAGCUGAGGACCCGCAUGUACACCCCGCCCGGGCCCCUGUCCAGCGCCCUGCGGGGAGCGCUGACCGACCGCUUCUCCGUCGCCCAGCACCACAACUUCCUGAAGGGAUACCAGCUGCACAACAAAUACAUGGAGAACCAGCACUUCUGCCGCUGGAAAGACACUGUGUUAGACUCACGUCCCAACCAGCUGAUGCAAAAUCCUGAUCAGCUGGGCAUGAUAGAUGCUGGAUUUUUCAUCAAUACCAGCAGUGCACCACUUUUAAGGCCGCAGAGAGAAGUGGAUGUCAUCAUAUAUCUAAGUUACACCACUGGAUCACAUACAUCGUCUCUAGAUAAGGCGUGUAAAUACUACUCAGAGCAAAAAAUCCCAUUCCCAACAAUUUCUUUGAGUGAUGAAGAUAAGAAAAAUCUGAAGGAGUGCUACAUCUUCCAAGAUUCAGAUUUGCCAGGAUGUCCAAUUGUGAUUUUUCUUCCCCUUGUGAAUGAUACCUUCCAAGAGUACAAAGCACCUGGUGUCAAGCGCUGUUGCUCAGAGAUGGAGGGAGGCCAGCUUGACUUGACCAGCUCCUGUUCCCCCUACUGCAUGUUCUCUGUCAGAUACACCGAUGAGAACUACUGCAAGCUGCUCAACCUCAGCGAGUACAACAUCCUCAACAACUCUCAGAUGAUUAUGCAGGCCUUGCAGACAGCGAUGCAAAGGAGAAGGCAGAAAAUGUGCUGA